AAAAGCCAGAGGAUUCACUCCUGUAUGUGCAGAUGAACAGAAGUACUGCUUUCUUUGAUUCAUGACAGAAAAUUAAACAUUUUUAAGUCAAAGUGUGAGGAAAAUUUGGCUGAAGGUGUGCGUCCCCUCCGGAUGACCCGCGGGGCGCUGAUCCCUCUCCGCCUGAGCUGAAACCUUGCAACCUGAAGUGGGACGGGCAAGCAGGGGGAACUGUGGCCCCGUCCCGUCCUCCAGUUUUAAUGAGCGCUGCGAUCAAGCAAGACUAAACCUCCAGGUGGAACAGGAGCCUGCGCACACGCUCCAGACCGCUCCAGAGAAGAAGAGGGUCUGCGCGCGGAGGGGAUUACCUUUUUCCAAAGCGCACGGGAUUAUUGGACCCACUCAGGCUGAAAUCUGCAGUUUGUGGGCAGCAGAACUUCAUCUUCAAAAAGUCUUCUCUUGUCUCUGUAAGGCUGUACGGCUGCACACACACGUCUGGCUGAGCUGUUGAACCAACAAACCACCAAUCAUGACCAGAAUAUCCAUCACCAUCAUCGUCUUCGCGCUCCUGGUGUUCUGUGCAUGCAGGGCGAAGCCCAACGGAUCAAAGAGCAAGAAACCAAAGCAAGUCGUUCCAGAUAUUGAGUGUGAUGUCAGAGCAGGGAAGAUCAAUCUCCAAGAGUUCAUAGUGAAAUGUCCUGCACGCUGUAAGGAAACCCGGCAGCAGGUCUACGGGACGGGAGUGUUUGCCUCCAUCUCCAGCAUCUGCAAUGCAGCCAUCCACAGUGGUGUAAUCACAAACUCUGGAGGAAAGGUGAUUGUGAAGAAGAUGGCCGGCCAGAACAUCUACAAAGGAAGCAACUCCAACGGGGUUCGAUCUCUGUCCCUGCCGAAGUGGAGGGAGUCCUUUGUUGUCUCAGUGGGGAAACCGAAGAAAGGAGUCGUCUAUCCGUCCACUCUGGACUAUGUUCCUUCAAGACCAACAUACGUGAAAACAGGUCAAAAGGAGGUCACGACGGCGAUGCCCACGACAACCACAACUGAAAGCACCACAACAACUCCUGCACCAACCACCACCACCACCACACCAGCUCCCACCACCACCACUACCACCACCACAACCACCACCACGCCUCCACCACCGCCGACCACCAAAGCCCGAGCUGCUGCCCACAAAAUCAGGGACACAGGCAGCAGCCACCCUUACCUCGCCCAUGUGGCUUCCACUAGUUCAAGACAGUCUCACAGCGGCCAGGGAAAGAGCAACAGCCAAGUGUUCAGAGGAACUUCCUACCCCAACAGAUACCCUCAGCGAGCCAGUGCAGGUUCGCGCAGACCAGAGACAGGAUCCCCCAUCAGGAGGCCGCCUUCCUCUCCAGUCGGACCAGCUUUUACCCGAAGGGAUUGGCUCCCCUCCUCUUUUCCUCGUCAUGACUGGUUUCCUGGAGUCCGACGACCAGCAGAUAUUAGCUAUUCAGUUCCAGACUCAGGAUACACGUGGAGCGAGACAGACACACCUGAGAUCACAGCUCGGGAUCGCAGGCCUGAUAUCUCAGAAUAUGAGCGCUGGUUUUAUAGCUUACCGUACGGACCAUACCCUCCGCGAUCUACCGACUUGGAGGGAAAAAUGCCCCUGGACACAGCCCAUACCAAAGUGGAGACGGUGGACGCUUGGAAGCCAGAAGCAAACCUUUACGAUGCAGGUUUCAGCAACAGAGAAAGAGAACCCGUGCCCAGAGCGCCAGAGGUCGUCUCUCAGGGAGACCCAAAUUGUAAGGUGGACCUGGCCUUCCUGAUGGAUGGCAGCUGGAGCAUCGGAAAGCGACGCUUCAAGAUCCAGAAGGACUUCCUGGCAGAGGUGGCACAGGUCAUCAACGUGGGCGUGGCCGGACCCAUGAUGGGCAUCAUCCAAUAUGGAGAUGAGCCAGUGACAGAGAUCAGCCUGAGGACUUACUCCAGCUCCAGAGAAGUGAGGGCCGCCGUGGAAAAGAUCGUCCAGAAGGGAGGCCUCUCCAAUGUGGGAAAGGCUCUCUCCUACAUCAACAAGCAGUACUUCAGUGACGCUAACGGAAACCGAGGAGGAGCUCCCAACGUUGCUGUGGUGCUGGUGGAUGGUUGGCCCACAGACAAGGUGGAGGAGGCGUCUCGGCUCGCCCGGGAGUCUGGGAUCAACAUCUUCUUCGUCACCAUCGAAGGCCCCGACGAGAACGAGAGGCAAAACCUGGUUGAGGCCAAUUUUGUUGACAAGGCUGUGUGUCGGACAAACAACUUCUUCUCCCUGCCCGUGAACAGCUGGUUUGCCCUGAGGAAGGCGGUGCAGCCCCUGGUGAAGCGAGUGUGCGACACGGACCGCCUGGUGUGCAGCAAGACUUGCCUGAACGCCAACGACAUCGCUUUCGUCAUCGACGGCUCCAGCAGCGUGGGAACCGGCAACUUCCGCACGGUGCUGGAGUUUGUGGCCAACGUCACGCGGGAGUUUGAGAUCUCGGACACGGACACCCGGGUGGGGGCCGUGCAGUACACCUACGAGCAGAGGCUGGAGUUCGCCUUCGGCCAGUACAACCAGAAGGCCGAGCUGCUGAACGCCAUCAAACGCAUCAACUACUGGAGUGGUGGGACCAGUACCGGCGCUGCCAUCACCUACGCUGCUGAAAAACUCUUCAGCAAAUCUAAGCCCAACAAACGCAAGAUCAUGAUUGUUAUUACAGACGGGCGUUCCUAUGACGACGUGAGAGCUCCGGCGCUGGCCGUUCAUCGCCAAGGCGUCAUUGCGUACUCCAUCGGCAUUGCGUGGGCGGCCCAGGAUGAGCUGGAGUACAUCGCCACCGACCCCGACAAGGAGCACUCCUUCUUCGUGGACGAGUUUGACAACCUGUACAAGUUUGUUCCCAAAAUCAUCCACAACAUCUGUCAGGAGUUCAACUCUCAGCCCAGAAACUGAGGCUGAACUUUGGAGGGGCGGGGUGUUGCAGGAGGUACAAGACGCUGAAUCCUUUCUUUUUACUCUGUUGCUCAGAUGGUGGAUCUGAGUUGGCCGCAUAUUUAAAGAAAAAAAAGAGGGUGAAAAAAUCCUGUCUAGUGAACUUUUUGUCUUAAAUUCAACAGUUAAUGACAGUCUUAUUGAGUAUGACAAAUUAUUUGCCAACUUUACUAGAAAUACCAUGAAAAUAUGAGUAAAUAUGGGUUGUUAGAGAUCCCUCUGAAUGGAAAAUAUCUUUAUUUUUAAAACUUUUUUAAUAUUAUUUCAGCACAUUUGGAUGGAUUGAAUCAAACAGGCUUCCAGUGUUUUGAGUCCACAGGAACAUCUUUUCAUUACAUGGCGACCCAUAAGUCAUUUCUCACUGCAAUGCUAAAUUAUUUACAAUAAUAAAAAUGAAACAUUACCUGGACAUGACUCCAGCAGAGGAGAGCAGGUUUAAAAAUCCUCCUGGUGGGUUAUUCAGUUUACAGCUACAGACUUUGGAGUUCCUCCUAAAUACUAUGGUGCUAAAGAUGGAAUAAUUUGAAAAGUAUAUACACUAAAAAUGAGGACUUGGAUGGCAGAUGAGCUCAAGCAUCUCAGAAAUGACGGCGGUUUCUCCAACCACUCUCCUCUUCGUGGUUGUUUGCUACAUUGCAGUCAUUUCUCAGUCAUGUUGAAAGAGUAUUUAUGAUUGUUUUCCUUGUAUGCCCUGUCUGUACAUAUGCUUAUUAAAAAACUUCUCUCUGUUCAGAUAAGUGAUCGAAAUUUAUAUAUUUUUUGCAGUUUUUAAUAAAACAAUCUUAAAGUA